AUGGCCGAUGAGUACUCUGCGGCUUGCUGUGUUACUCCCGCUGCGAUUGUCGGUGAAUACGCAUUCAAAGGCUCAUGGAUUGAGAUCAACGGGAUCAAAACGUAUGUGACUGGUCCCCCAAGUGCGAGAAAGGCAAUUGUGCACGUCUACGAUCUCUUUGGAUAUUGUCCUCAGACCUAUCAAGGUGCAGACAUCCUCGCUACGCGGGGAAGCGAGCCGUACAUUGUUUUCGUUCCCGAUUUCAUCGGCUCUGACCGUGCUGCGCAGCAUGACUGGUUCUUGCCCAGCGCAGACCAGAAGCCCCUCCAUGACCUGCUAGCGAUUGUCACUUCGAAGCAGAUGAUGGAAGACAUCCAUGCGACAGUUGCGGCAUUGAGGUCUGACGGGGACUAUGCACAUGUGCAGAGGUGGGGUGGAGUCGGGUUUUGCUGGGGUUCGAAGGGCAUUAGCCUUAUUGCGACUCAGGGAGACCAGUCAUUGCUGGACGUUACGGCUCAUACUUCGCCAUCAAGACUCGAUCCUGAAGAAGCCAAGACAAUCACGGUCCCGACUUUGAUGCUGACAUCUAGUGCUGAGGACGAGAGCAUUGUGGCGAGAUAUUACGAGGCUUUGAAAGGCCCCAAAUAUUUGGAAAGAUUUGACGAGAUCCACGGCUUUAUGUCUGCAAGGUACGGUCAAACUCUUUUUAGCGGCGACUCGAGGUCUUUGCCUUUUGUUGCUAACCAGGGAACUCUCUAG